AUGGAUACAUUCGAGUAUAACCCCAACCCUGGCCGCGUCGUCUUUGGCAGUGGCACACUGCAGAAACUCCCCGAUGAGAUCGCCCGCCUACAGGUGAAGGCCCCGUUGGUGCUCUCAACGCCCCAGCAGGUCAACCAGGCUGAGAAGGUCAAGGGAGUACUCAAUGGUCAAAUCGCUGGUAUUUUCAGUGAGGCGACUAUGCAUACUCCCACACAUGUCACAGAUAAGGCUCUUGAAUAUGCUAAGGCCCAGGGUGCUGACUCGAUCAUCUCUAUUGGAGGUGGAAGCACCAUCGGUCUCGGCAAGGCAAUCAGCAUUCGCACUGGCCUGCCGCAUAUCUGUAUUCCGACCACAUAUGCCGGUAGCGAAAUGACACCGAUUCUCGGGGAGACUGCCGACGGAUUGAAGAAGACUCGCUCGGAUCCUAAGAUCUUGCCCGGCACAGUUAUUUACGAUGUGGACCUCACAAUGACCCUACCGGCGGCUAUGAGUGCCACGAGUGGUGUCAACGCCAUUGCCCAUGCCGUCGAGGCUUUGUACGCGCGCAACACCAACCCAAUCAUCAAUAUGAUGGCCCUUGAGGGAACACGGGCCCUUGCAUCCUCCCUUCCCGAGAUUGUAGAGAACCCAUCUUCGCAAUCCGCCCGUUCUAAGGCUCUCUAUGGUGCCUGGCUCUGCGGUACCUGUCUGGGCAGCGUGGGCAUGUCGAUCCACCAUAAGCUGUGCCACACGCUGGGAGGCAGCUUCAACCUCCCUCAUGCAGAAACCCACACUGCUGUUCUCCCGCAUGCGAUCUCUUAUAAUGCACCUAACAUCCCCGAGGCCAUGAAGCAGUUGGCCGACGUCCUGCCUGACAGCAAUGGCGACGCAAUCCAUGGCCUUAACGUUCUCUUGUCUAAGCUCAAGGUCAAACGCGGUGUGAAGGACUUCGGGAUGAAGGAGGAGGAUAUUGAUAAAGCGGCUGAUAUUGCGCUGUCCAAUGCUUAUUGGAAUCCUCGUCCCAUUGAGCGAGCGCCAAUCGGCGAAUUGCUUCGCAGAGUUUGGGCAGGAGAGCCGGCACGGGCGGACCUGUAG